AAGCACGCUCCCUUAGAGCACUCACAUUGCAGUUGUGCCUGAGGCGGCCGCCCAUAGUAGCUCGUCUCCCCAGACGGCCGCCCGGCUUUCUGCCCCAUUCCUGGGAAUCGCGGGCCGUUCGUCCGAUCAUUCUUCUUUUUUUUUGGUAUGCCUGUUGAUAUACCAUCAUUGUCCAAUUCGAAUAUGAAUUGUAUGAUGAACUUAAUUAGUCCCAACUGUAUGCGGUCAACAGCCGACAGAUAUGAACCGUGUUGAAUUGUAGCAUGACUUUUGCCCAUAUUAUUGCUCAAUGCUCACCAAAUUUGGUUACGAUCACAACACCCAACCCUGUUUUGUUCUUCAUUUUGACAUCAUCUCUCUCCAAAUUCUCAGAAGAAAUGGCGUACGCUACUGUUGCUUCACUUUCACACACCAUAAAUAUCUUCCUCAACUGUCAUCCACAUUCCAUUUCCCCUCAAUUGAAAGACGCAAUCACAUUCCUUCGUAAACACACUGUUUUCUUGCAAACGUUUUUCGACGAAUUUCCAGACAAAACCGACCUCUGGGAAGAAAUCAUCAGUGAGGCUACAUAAUUGGCAGAAAGGAUUAUCGAGCUUCAGUUGUCCGAUUCAUUGCUGGAAUCGACUGUUGGAUCGUCUAGAUCUAAGCCUGAACAGGGGAAAUAUCAGCUCCCUUACGGUUUUGAGGAGCUGAAAAGAGUAUCAAAGGAAAUCGAGUCGAUCGUUGGAGAAUUGAAGGGCACAAAAUCCAUGGAUGGUCCCGAUGACGAGUUGAUCGAAAUAAUUUCUCGACUUCGUCAAGGACACCAAGCUCCGCUAAGAACUAUCGCAAUUUAUGGAGAGGAAGGCGUGGCCAAAACUACUCUGGCGAGAAAUGCUUACAAUGAUCCAUUAAUCAUGGAGCAUUUUGACAUCCGUGCUUGGGCCACAGUAUCCAGCGAGUAUGAUCGACCGCAAUUGAUUCGAAACCUUCUGCGUUCAAUGAAAGUCGAGUUUUCAUCAAAUACAGAUAAAAAGAAAGGACUGGUUCGUAUUUUGUUAGAAAAAUUAAAGGGGAGGAGAUAUCUUAUUGUGCUUGAUGGUUUUAGCAAUUUCCAGAGGCUACACCUUGAUAUGUUUCCUAGUGAAAAUAAUGGAAGUCGAAUAAUCUUAACCGCAAGAUCUCAUAUAUCCAUGAAGAUGGUUGAUCAUUUUCAUAAGGUGGGUUUUAUGGGUGAGGAUAAUGCUUGGAAUGUGAUAAGGGAAAACAUAUUCAAAGGUGAUCCUUGUCCUUCUCAACUGGUGUCUGCUGGAAAGAUGAUUGCCAGAAGCUGUAGAUGGGUUCCAAACUGUAUUGAGGUGGUUUCUGGAAUACUUGCUGCUGCUGAUCAGACUGAAGCUGCGUGGGAAGAUAUUUCAGAAAACAUCAAAUUUGCUGCUUCUGAUUAUGGUAACAGACAAUCUCGUAUACUCUCCCUAGCUUAUACAUACUUGCCUCAUCAUUUGAGGCCGUGCUUCUUAUAUCUGGGAAUCUAUCACAAUAUAAAUGUCUCGAAACUUGUAAAAAUAUGGGUUGCUGAGGGUUUUGUUAAUGAAAGUGAAGGUAAAAGUUUUGAAGAGACAGGAGAAGAGUAUGUGGAAGAUCUUGUAAGAAGAAAUCUAGUUUUGGUGACAGAGAGGAAGUCUAAUGGCAGAAUCAAGUGAAUCGAUUCAGAUAUUCGCUUGUUUUAUGUGUGCCUUAACCAAGGCCAUGUAGAUAGUUUCAUUCAUCAUAUCAACAGUAUCGACAAGCAAGCCAUGCCCAUGGAACUUAAGUCGUGCCGCCGCGUUUAUUAUUUUGAUCGCCCUGAGGGCUAUGAUUUCCUUGAAGGUGUGUAUAGCUCUACUAUCCGAACUUUAGUGUUACGCCUAGGCAUGUGGAACCAUCAACGAGGGUUUAGAAAAUUUCGAUAGAAAAUGCUAGUCUGCUGAGAAUAUUGGAUUUGUCAAAUUAUUACAACUAUGAUUUGUCAAAUGCUUACUACUUUGAUUUGCCAGAGGAGGUCUUUGAGCUAUUUCAUCUCAGAUAUCUUGCUUUCCACAGUGGGUUCAGUAUUUCGGAAGCCAUUUCAAACCUUGAGAAUCUUCAAACCUUAAUCAUUCAUCCAAGGGAAAGUGACUGUAUCUUUGCCAAUUUGCCGGAGGGGAUUUGGAGGAUGCCACAACUAAGGCAUCUUCGUGUGUUUCGUUUUGAGUUACCCAGUUCACUAGGAGCUCUUGAAGAUCUGCAAACGCUUUCUGGAGUUGUAGAUUUUACAUGUUCAAGCGAGCACCUCAAAAUGAUCCCAAACUUGAAAAAACUGGUUCUUUUCUAUACGAACAAGUUGAGAGAUUAUGAGCUCCACAAUCUUAUAUAUCUUGAGAAAACAUAAUAUGAGUUGUGUUUUUCCUCCAAAACUGAGGAGUUUGAAUUUGUGCGGUCGGCAACUUCCAUGGGAGGAUAUGAAAAUUGUUGCUUCUUUGCCUAAUCUUCAAGUGCUUAAACUAAGAAAGCUGGCUUGCAUUGGCAAGACAUGGGAACUAAGUGAAGGAGGAUUCGUUAAGCUCACCUAUUUGCUGAUUCAAGAAUCCAAUCUCGAGCAUUGGAUAAUGGAACCAAGUCACUUCCCAAGACUCAAGUCCCUAGUGCUUCAUCACUGUUGGCAUCUAAACAUGGUCCCCUACGAUAUGGGAAAAAUUCCUACACUUGAAUGUAUCGAGUUGGAUGACGACUCUUUACUGCACUCAGCCAAGUGGAUUCGAGAAAAUAGACAAAGUUUAGGAUACAAUCCCCUCUCUGUUUAUUAUAAGGAUCAAUUUGGUUUGGUUUGGGAGAAGUGACAUCAGAGGUCGGGAUAGGUACAUAACUCAUACAAACUGUUAUGUUUGCAUAAAAAGUUUGAAAUUUACAUAAAUCAUAACAAAAAGUUUGAAUUUUUGUAUAAUUUAUGCAAACUUCAAACAUUUAGUAUGAAUCGUGUAAUUACCAAUAUGGAGUCACGUGUGUUUAAUAGUCAUGUUACUUUAUAUGAGCGGCUCGUAUUAGAUAAGCAAAUAAGCGGCCCACUUUUGGCCUGGCCGGAAAUUCUAUUUACUUCGCGAUACAGAACCGGAAGAGAGAAGCUGUGAGGUGAAAGUUAUCCCAUCCCGCUUGAAGUUGUUGAUUGUCUCUACCUCCCAGCCCCGACACGUCGGAAGAAUUCGGAGCACACUCAUCUGAUGGAGACCGUCAUCGUGUGGAGUUGCAGCAUAAGUAUUGUUGGUUUUCCUUACGAAAUCAAAUCCAUUGGCGAAUGGUUGCCAAAAUUUUGGCUUGCGUGCAAAAAAAUGCAUUCCAUUUUGAUUUUUGACUUCACGUGAAAGGUGCAACCCUUUGCCGGCAAUGCGGAUCUCCUACUCCGCCGGGUAUAAGUGGUUUUAGGGUCAGCGCAUUUUGGUGAUUGUGUUUAUUUGGUCCGUGCAUUCGCUUUGGCACGUUAACCUAAAAACUGGGUGAUUGUGUGAAUUUGCUUCGUAUUUUUGUUUGGUUUCUGUUGCACCUCAUCAAAAAUAAAAACCAUGCAUCAUCAUGGGUAUUUUAUUUCGCAUAAGAAGUAGAGAACAAGCUGUCAAACAAGGGGGAGAAGGUUUUGCCGCGCGCGGUAUAAGAAGUAUGAGCGAAGAGAGACAGUUCAUUCUGAAUAUUGUAUGUUGUAAAUGUGUUCAUCGAGAUUCCCGGAUUCUCUUUGAAGUUUGAGCGAGCUGUAACUCUUAUUGCAAUUCCUCUGUUACAUCCAUAAUACAUUAUUUUCCUUUUCUUAAAUUGAGUGUUUGUUUAAGAACUGCAACAGUUGCUCUGAUUGUUUAAUGGAAUUUCUGACAGCACAUGAUGUAAAGCCAUACUGAGGAAUUCUAGUAUUUGUGAUAAGUUGAUGCUUGGUUCUUGGGAUUUAUGUUGUUGCUUGGUUCCCGGAUUCUCUUUGAAGGCCUUGAACAUCAACCGGCUGUGGGGUAUUCAGUGGAGAAGGCGCACAAAGAGAAGAAUAGUGCCGCGAAUUUGGGAUUGAGAGCUGGAAGGAUAAUUUGAAUGGAGUUAUUUUGAUUAGGUCAAAUAUGCCAUAAUUACACUAUCUCCUGUUUCUAUAUUUUUAUGGCAUUUGGUAUCGAAGAUUGAAAACAAAACUAUUUUCUGUUGCUAUGUUUUCAUAUCUGUCUUAUACAGUAUUUAUCACCGUCUUA